CAGCUGGGGAAAGCAGUCUGUCUCCACCAGAAGCGGACAAUGUUUCUCCAAAAGUGUUUGGUUUAUUUAACGGCGGUAUGCAUGUUCUGCUACAUUAUUACCGUGAGCGUCACGCUCAGUGUUUUAAAGGUCCUCACGCCAAACCUCGCAAAGAAACUGAUCCUGAAAAUGGGAGAAAAGGUGACCAUGACCCAAAACCCAAAGUUUAGCUACGAGGAUUGGGGCCUGACUUUUGGAUCUCUUACAUUUCUCAAAGUUGCUUGUCAGACUAUGUGGCUCUCAUUGAGACAAGAGGCUUUUGCAGGCGGAGAAGCUCCAGACUCACCUGUGAUCAGCAUGAACAGAGAGAGAACCAGCAUCUACCAAUACAUGAAAGAAAACAGACCACUGGUGCUGAGUUUUGGAAGCUGCAGCUGACCCCCGUUUAUGUUCAAGCUUGACGAGUUCAAGCAGCUCGUCAGGGACUUUGGGGACGUGGCAGAUUUUCUAGUGGUCUACAUCUCUGAGGCGCAUUCAACAGAUGGCUGGUCGUUUCGUAACAACGUUGACAUCAGUCAGCACCGGAGCCUCGAGGACAGGCUGUCUGCAGCGCAGAUCCUUGUUCAGAAUGACCCCCUGUGUCCUGUGGUGGUGGACGACAUGAGUGAUGUCUCAGCCAUCAAGUAUGCUGCUCUGCCUGAGAGGCUGUAUGUGCUGCAGGCUGGAAAAGUCCUCUAUAAGGGGGGAAUGGGGCCUUGGGGCUACAAUCCUCAGGAAGUGCGUUCAGUCCUGCAGAAAAUGAAAUAAUUCAAACAGCAUUACUCCACCAGUCAUUUUUUUUUUUUUUUUGGAUGGUAGCUUAUUGUAAUCUGCUCAUCUAAGCAUGUUUUACCUCUUUAUUGGACCUGGAUUAAAACAGCCAUUUUGUUCCUCAACACUUUGCCCCGUUGUCGCGCCUCAGGCUCUCUUGCUGCUCUUAAAUAAACAAGGUCUGAGAUGGAGCUCAGCUCUGUGUUUCUUAGUGACGGCUGCAGAUGAAACCGCUGGGAUCUGUGGUCAGAUGAGGUGAAACACAGAGAUUGACAGCUUGGAGUUUGUUUAGGGAGAUUGUUGGGAGCUGAUGCCGUCGACUGAUUGUCCAAAGUACUACAGCUGUUAAGUUUUUUUUUUUUUAUGGUCCUUUAUUUCUUCAGUCUGUUUAAAUAUACAAGCUUCUUCUGUAAAACUACUGUACAACGUAAAAAUAAAUCUUUUCCACGCAUCCAUUUUCUUUUGUUAAUCUUCAGUCUGUUUAAAUAUGCAAGCUUGUUCUGUAAAACUAUAAUG